UUACAUUUUCUUUUGUCCUUUCUUGUACUAUACACUUUACCUACUGAAUCCUUGCUAUAAAAGAAAAGCAACUGAUACUGGUUUUAGUUCCACAGACCAUAGUUGAAUCUGGUUGAAGUACAAAAAAAGAAAAAGAGUAGAACAAAUUUCUUGAAGGGUUGACCUAACUGAUAAAUAGAAGAAAUGGCCAACAUAGACAUAGCUGGAAUCAUGAAGGAUCUCCCAAAUGAUGGCCGUAUCCCAAAGACCAAGAUUGUUUGCACUUUAGGGCCAUCUUCUAGAACAGUACCAAUGCUGGAGAAGCUUCUUCGUGCUGGCAUGAACGUUGCCAGGUUUAACUUUUCUCAUGGGACCCAUGAGUACCAUCAGGAGACAUUGAACAAUCUUAAGAUUGCUAUGCAGAAUACUCAGAUCCUGUGUGCUGUCAUGCUUGAUACCAAGGGGCCUGAGAUUCGAACUGGUUUCUUGAAGGAUGGAAAACCGAUUCAGCUUAAGGAAGGUCAAGAAAUCAUUGUAUCCACAGACUAUACCAUAAAAGGAAAUGAGGAAAUGAUCUCAAUGAGCUAUAAGAAGCUGGUAGUGGACUUGAAGCCUGGCAAUACCAUCUUGUGUGCAGAUGGUACAAUAACCCUUACUGUUUUGUCAUGUGAUCCACCGUCUGGAACAGUGAGAUGUCGCUGUGAGAAUACUGCCACCUUAGGAGAGAGGAAGAAUGUAAACCUACCAGGUGUGGUUGUGGACCUUCCAACACUUACGGAGAAGGAUAAAGAAGAUAUACUAGAGUGGGGUGUUCCUAACAACAUUGAUAUGAUUGCUCUUUCAUUUGUGCGUAAGGGUUCAGAUCUUGUCAACGUUCGCAAGGUUCUUGGUCCACAUGCCAAGCGCAUUCAACUAAUGUCAAAGGUUGAAAAUCAAGAAGGGGUAAUCAACUUUGACGAAAUCCUCCGUGAGACAGAUUCUUUUAUGGUUGCUCGAGGUGAUCUCGGAAUGGAAAUUCCAGUUGAGAAGAUUUUCUUGGCCCAGAAAAUGAUGAUAUACAAGUGUAAUCUUGCUGGUAAAGCUGUGGUAACUGCCACUCAGAUGCUUGAAUCAAUGAUCAAGUCUCCACGGCCCACCCGUGCUGAGGCUACUGAUGUGGCUAAUGCUGUCUUGGAUGGCACUGAUUGUGUUAUGUUAAGUGGGGAGAGUGCAGCUGGUGCUUAUCCGGAGCUGGCGGUAAAAAUCAUGGCUCGAAUCUGCAUUGAGGCAGAGUCUUCACUUGACAACGAGGCUAUCUUCAAGGAAAUGAUCAGGUGUACCCCACUGCCAAUGAGCCCAUUGGAAAGUCUAGCAUCAUCGGCUGUCCGCACGGCUAACAAAGCUAGAGCAAAACUCAUUGUUGUCCUGACACGGGGCGGGAGUACAGCUAAGCUGGUUGCCAAGUAUAGGCCUGCUGUUCCUAUUCUGUCAGUAGUCGUCCCUAUUUUGACUACAGACUCUUUCGAUUGGUCCAUCAGUGACGAGUCCCCAGCUAGGCACAGUUUAGUAUAUAGGGGCUUGAUUCCAAUUCUUGGUGAAGGUUCUGCGAAGGCCACUGAUUCUGAAUCAACUGAGGUAAUCCUUGAAGCUUCCUUGAAAUCAGCCAUAACAAAAGGGCUAUGCAAACCUGGUGAUGCUGUCGUGGCACUUCAUCGUAUUGGUGCUGCAUCCGUUAUCAAGAUUUGCAUCGUGAAGUAAUCGGAGUGUGUCACAUACCUUACAAUUCUUGAGCUCCCCCUACCUGAGUUCAUACUGAUUUCCAUUAUGCUUUCUGGUCUUGAUAAUGCAUUAAUAUGGUGAUUUUGUCACAAUGUCUUAGGAUAUCUAGUAUUAUCACCAAGGAUUACUAUAUUUCAUGUUAAAUUUCAUAUCUGCUUCAAACACUGGAUUUAAAAUAAAUAUCCUUUGGUGUAGCAAUACCUUUAUGUUAUUGUGCAAGGGGACAUUUACUUUCAACCUUCUUGAGGAAUUUAUAAUGUAUUACACUGGAAAGAGUUUCAUUGGCAUCUGAUUUACCAUGUUCCAAUGGUUCUUUCAUUUUGGAUAUCAGUGAAAAUUGCUACAUUAUUAUAUGUUC